CGGUGGGCUGCCCGGCUAACAACCACCAGCAACGCACCAAGGGAAGGUCCUUCUUUUUCCCUACGCCCCUCACAUCUCUGUUCUUCACAAAAGCGGAGGAGGAUAUUCGAAAUGGCACCCAAGGCAGCAACCAAGGCUAAAGCCACUCCCGCCGCUGCAAAGGCUCAAGCAGCCAAGAAGGCUGCUUUGAAGGGAACUGGCGGCAAGCGUGUGCACAAGGUCCGGACGGGCACCCACUUCUACCGCCCCAAGACCCUCAAGCUCGCCCGUCAGCCAAAGUACCCCCGUCGUUCCGUUCCCCGUGCCCCGGAACUCGACCAGUACAAGAUAGUUCAGUACCCUUUGAACACUGAGAGCGCCAUGAAGAAGAUUGAGGAGAACAACACCUUGGUAUUCAUCUGCGAUGUGCGUUCGAACAAGAGACAGAUCAAGGAGGCGGUGAAGAGGCUGUAUGAUGUGGAUGCCUCGAAGAUCAACACUUUGAUCAGGCCCGACGGUACCAAGAAGGCUUACGUCCGUUUGUCUGCCGAUAUUGACGCCCUGGAUGUUGCCAACAAGAUCGGCUUCAUCUAAUUGUGCCCAUUUCAUGUCCAUAUUGAUUAAUAAAACGGGGUUCUUCUACUGAUGGGCAAUCUCAAAUGUUACUUUGAAACUUUCUGCAGUUGCCGAUUGAAUUGAAUGGUGUCACUUUACAGACGGAAUUUUAUCCAAACAAUGUCAUAACUCACAAACACUUGAUUCUCAAAUCCCUC